GCUGGUCAUACUAUCAUAAAAAGAGCACCAUCAUUCCCCGACCGAGACGAAAAUCGUAUAGUUAAUAUUACAAAACUCAAGUUUUAUAUUAAAUAACGAAUUUUUAAAAAUGUCUGCGCGCUACGAUCGGGCUGUUACCAUUUUUUCACCGGACGGCCACUUGCUUCAGGUGGAGUACGCCCAGGAAGCUGUUCGCAAAGGCUCGACUGCGGUUGGUGUUCGCGGUGCUAAUUGUGUCGUUUUGGGUGUGGAGAAAAAAUCUGUGGCAAAGUUACAAGAAGACCGUACAGUGCGUAAGAUUUGCAUGCUCGACCACCACGUUGUAAUGGCUUUUGCUGGUCUGACAGCCGACGCACGCAUUCUAAUAAAUCGCGCUCAAGUUGAAUGCCAGAGCCAUCGGCUUAAUGUUGAGGACCCCGUGACCCUUGAGUAUAUAACCAGAUACAUCGCUCAGCUAAAACAGAAGUACACCCAGAGCAAUGGUCGCCGUCCCUUCGGCAUUUCUUGCCUAAUUGGCGGCUUUGACGCAGACGGCUCUCCUCAUCUGUUCCAAACGGAGCCUUCUGGUAUAUUUUACGAGUACAAAGCGAACGCCACUGGGCGUUCGGCCAAAACAGUACGUGAGUUUUUCGAAAAAUCAUAUUCCGACAACGAAGUGAGCACCCAAAAUGGAACCGUCAAGCUUGCUAUUCGUGCCCUCCUUGAGGUGGCACAGUCUGGCCAAAACAAUUUGGAGGUGGCUAUCAUGGAAAACGAUAAGCCUCUCAAAAUGCUUGACAGCAAGGACAUUGCCGAGUAUGUAAAAACCAUAGAGAAGGAGAAGGAGGAAGAACUUGAAAAGAAGAAGCAAAAAAAGUAACCCGGAAAAUAUAAAGAAAAGGACAGUCACUUUUAAUUUUUUUGUUCCUUAGUUGAUAGCUUUCUAACAGCUAACUUAUUCGUUGAAACGACUUGGUUUUGGAAAUGCUUCAAAAACAAGCUUCGGUAAACCGAAUGCUUACUGAAAAUAGUAAUUUUCUAUAAAGUAUUCUACAAAAUGUUAACGGGUUUGAAAAUAAUUUUUUGUAUAAAAUACAUAGCCACUGAAAAACA